AUGUCACACCCUAUACGGAAGGCCGCCGAGCCUCAACACGCUGCAUCUUUUGACCCAUGGAACUCAUCGUCAACCGGCCACCAACGUCCUGAAUCAUGCCCCGGAACUGGCUGGCGCGAGUCCCGUAACCUCAAGCUCAACAGUCAAUUUCGCAGCGGCUUAUCUGGUGGAAAGCGUUUGAGCGACACAUGGGGUGCUGGCUCAGAGGAUUACGAUGUGAAACGCAAGAUGUUGGUUCCCAAGGCAGUGAAGGAAAGGGCACAGCGGAGCGUGAAGGAUAUGCUCGUGCAACCAGGCAAGAUGCGUGAGAGUCUAGGGGUGAAGGAUGAGGCCCAAGGAAAAGGAUAUGAAGCACUCAUGGAAUCAAGAAAGCUGGAGGAUGAAGAGAGAGAAGCAGAAGUGUCUCGCCGACGGAUAUUUGAUGGGGUGACUGUUUACGUCAACGGGAGUUGUUUCCCUCUCAUAUCAGAUCUCAAGCUCAAGCAGCUUGUCACUGAACACGGAGGUCAGAUGUCAUUGCACCUCGGACGCCGGAAAGUCACCCAUGUCAUACUAGGAAGGUCAGCUGGACGAUACUCGGGCACCGGAGGUGGCCUUGCUGGAGGGAAACUAGAAAAGGAGAUUAGGAGAACGGCUGGAUGUGGAGUUAAGUUUGUUGGUGCUGAAUGGUAA